GGCUUUGAAAGUCUCUGGAACUCCUCAGGUCCCAGCUGUGAGGCGCAGAGGAAGCCAGGAGUCCACGCUGAGAAACUGGGGAGCUGUCGUCCCUGCAGCCCCAGCUCUGGGGAGGGGAGGGGGUAGUUCUCUUGUGUCACUUGUAGCCUUGUUUCUCCAGCUUGCCUAUUGAGGGUGAGAGGUUGUGUGUGUCUGCCUGCCUGUCCGUCUGGCUGGCUGAGCUGAGUCAGACUCCCAGGGGGAAGGCCAUUUUGAAGGACACUUUCAGCAAGGCUUUUGUGCCUCUGUGGGUUGGUGGAGUUAUUUGUCUCUGUGUCCAGAUGAACCCUCAGAUCUUCCCUGUCGCGAGACCCUACUUGGGCUGGAGAGACCCCUCCUCGCCCGGCUCCAAAUUGGAGAGACCUCAUCAUCAUAGGUCUCUCUCUCUCUCUCUCCCAAUCUCUUCAUCUCUCCCUGUCUCCACAGGUUCUACCGUUCUGGCUACAAUGGCCUCCCCCAGCCCAGCCAGCCCGCCCUUGUCAUCUUUCACGCUGAAUUUCACCAUCACCAACAUGCACUACACCAAGGACAUGAAUCUCCCAACCUCCAAGAGAUUCAACUCCACCCACAGGCUUCUACAGCGCUGGCUCACACUUUUGCUCAAUAAGACCACCGUUGGCCCGAUCAGCACUGGCUGCAAGCUGCAGGCACUCAGGCCUGCGGAGAGAGGAGCAGCCACCGGUGUAGACAUGGUGUGUAACUACCGCCCUGACCUCCUGGGCCCCCGACUAGACCGUGAGCAGCUGUACUGGGAACUGAGUCAACAAACUCACGGCGUCAACUGGCUGGGCCCCUACACCCUGGGCCGGCACAGUCUCUAUGUAGACGGUUAUAGCUAUGGAGCCACAGCACCAACGGCCAUCACCUGGGAGGUCCACGAGAAGCCUUUCACACUGAACUUCACCAUUGACAACCUGCGCUACAUGAUGGACAUGGGCCGUCCGGGCUCGGCCAAGUUCAACAUCACAGACACCUUGAUGCAGCACCUGCUCGGCCCCAUGUUCCAGAGGAGCAGCCUGGGGGUCCGGUUUGCGGGCUGCAGGGUCACUGCACUCAGGCCUGUGAGGAACGGUGCCAAGACGGGGGUGGACACCCUGUGCACCUACAGAGAGCCACCCAGGGGCCCCGGGCUCCAGCCUAAGCAGGUGUUUCAGGAGCUGAGCAGGGAGACCCGUGGUAUCACCCAGCUGGGCCCGUAUUCCCUGGACAAAGACAGUCUCUACCUCAACGGUUACAAUGAACCCGGACCUGACAUGCCUCCCACGACACCUGAGCCGAUCAUUUUUUUCCUGCACACUUCACCUUCCACGGUGGAACCGGAAGCCACCACAGCCGGGGGCCACAGGCUGAAUGGUUUCACCCUGAACUUCACCAUCUCCAACCUCUACCCCUCAGUGGAGGAUGAGGACGGGAACAACGGCUCUGCCUUAUUCAACUCCACUGACAGGGUCCUGAGGCUUCUGCUUGACACCCUUUUCCAGAAGAGCAGCCUGGGACCCUUCUACUCAGAUUGCAGACUCAGCUCCCUCAGGCCCAAGCAGGACAGCACCAGGACCGGCGUGGGCCUUGUAUGCAACUACAGCCCCAACCCCGCGGGCCUGAGGCUGGACCGUGAGCGGUUGUACUGGGAACUGAGUCUCCUGACCCACGGAGUCACCCGGCUGGGCCCCUACACCCUGGACCCAGAAAGCCUCAUCGUCGAUGGCUACGCGCCCCAGGAAAUACCCAUGUUGAGUGAGUACCAGCUGAGUUUCCGUCUCAUCCACUGGAAUUUCAGCAGCCUGGACCCCACUUCCAAGAAGUACUCAGCCUUGCUGAGAGACCUCCAGGACAAGGUCACCAUUCUGUACACAGACAGUGUCUUAGGAGACCGAUUCCUCUCCUGUCUCGCCACCAACAUGACGCUGGACUCCUACCUGGUCACCAUCCGGGCCCUGUUCUCCUCCAGCCUGGACCCCAGGCUGGUGAUGCAGGUCUUUGUACACAAGACUCUGAACGGCUCCGCCCACUGGUUGGGCUCCACCUAUCAGCUGUCGGAUGUGCACGUGACAGGAGGAGAGCUAUUGGUUCCUCUACCAACAAGUUCAUCCAGCCCCCACCACUUCCAGCUCAACUUCACGGUCACCAACCUCCUGUAUUCCCAGGACAUGGCUCAGCCAGACUCCCCCAAACACCAGCGGAACAAGAGAAGCAUCGAGGAUGCGCUCAACCAGCUAUUUCAAAAUAGCAGUAUCAAGAGUUAUUUUUCCAGCUGCCAAGUUUUAGCAUUCAGGCCUGUCCCCGCCAGCAGCCACACCGGGGUGGAUACGCUGUGUGACUUCACCCCAUGGACACGCAGACUGGACAGAGUAGCUAUUUAUGAGGAGUUCUUGAGGUUGACCAAGAAUGGCACCCAGCUGCAGAAGUUCACCCUGGACAGGAAUAGCGUCGUGGUGGAUGGAUAUUCAAUCCACAGAGAUGAUACCUUCACUAGGAACCCAGAGCUGCCCUUCUGGGCCAUCAUCCUGAUCUGCCUGGCAGGACUCCUGGCCCUUAUUACGUGUCUCAUAUGCUGCUUUCUGGUCACCUUUUGCCGGCGCAAGAAGGAGGGGGACUACGAGGUCCAGCGUCGCCGUCUAAGCUACUACCUGUCCCACGUGGACCUUAGGAAGCUGCAGUGACCACAGCUGCCUGAGAAUUCCUGGUCCCCAGCCAGGAUCCCAAGAAACUUGGCUGGAACAAAAAUAAACCACAUUGGUCAGACUUCAA